AUAAAAAAAUCUAAUCUAAUAAUAUCUAAUUUAUUAUACAUAUAAGGAUUAAAAUAGUUCGAUAAAUAUAAAACGCUACGUGCCAUCCAGUUAUUAUUCGAUAAAGCGACAUAAGCACAAGUUAGAUUGCUGUAAUAUUUUUCCGGCAAUAUUUUUUGCGAUUGCUACAUAAUUCUGUAAUAAUUGAAUGAGAAUAUUUUUUAUAAGAAUGCUACCAAUUUUGACUUCCUGGACUAGUUCAGGGGGCGUUCUGAUUCUAAUUUCUUCACAAUGUCCAUUAAAAUAAUCGGACGUUGAACAUGACGUCAGAGCGAUAAAUUUAUACACAUGCAAUCACUAGGAUUGUAUUUUAUUGUAAAUCGAAAUUAAAUCAUAAAAACCUUGUUACACCUUAAUAUCGAAGAAAAUAAAAACGUUUAGUUUUAGCUGAAAUGGAGCGGAUAUUGGUUGUGAACUUUAUUUCUAUUCAUUUGAUAUUAACUAUUGUUCCAAUUACUCAAGAAAUGAAUUAUGAUACAAAUUUAGCAAAGGUUAUGAAAGAGAUGGACAUGGAAUACGGCGAAAAGUUGACAAGUGUUGAAGCCACUAUGUUAAAGGAUCCCGUAAAACUACGCCUUAAGGAGUCACAGGGAAAACUGUUGCAAGACCUCAAGAUUCCAAACGGGAGCUUUUCUCGAUUCCCUAAUAGUGAAAGCGGGGAAUCACUGAAAAAUUUUAUUCUUGAUCGGCAAGUUAUACCUCUCGAUCCCAAGAUUUUUAUCCAGAAAAUUCAUCAAUUGCCUGAUGAUAAAGCCAAAAAGGGGGAAUCGUUAAAAGGUCUAAAACAAAUAUUUACUGAUCUAGCGAUUAUAAGACCUACUCAAGCUAUAAAAAACAAGUUUUCCGGGAAAAUAAAUCAUUUGUCUGAUGGUAAACCAAUAUUCGUUGACAAAGUAAAUAACGAUGGAGGUGAACUUUUAGCGCUUUACCAAACAAGACACAGUCGUCCCGUCACGAGGUGCACCACAGCACAUCCUUUACCGAAGUUGAGUCCAUGGUUUUUACCUAGCAGUGAUGAAGACAACAAAACUAGGAGCGCCAUUGAUGAGGACGGAAACGAUCAAAAAAAUACCCAAAACAAAUAUUUUGCUCCGCCUGCAUGGGAACCGCCGAAAUUAUAUAUCGAUGAUGAAUAGACUGUGUUUUAUUAACAUACAGUAACCUGUAACCUACAAACAAUAGAAUGGAAUUAUGUAUAUCCCAAACAAGAUUUAAAGUCCCUCCAGCGAGUAAAGUCACUGACUUCAUAUGCCUGCGAUGUCAUAUUCUGCUCCAUCUUACCCCUCUGCUUUAUGAGCUCGAAGUGGAUUUAGAUUUAAGAUCAGGGCCCCAAUUCAAAUUCUAGGUUUCUGAGGGACUUGGUCUGUCGUCCGAUUAUGGGUCUCACGGCGGGGCCACAUUCGGUUCUAUGGAUGUGGUCCCUAUAUGAGGCAAGGAGGCCGACGCUCUUUACACUUCACGUGGCCACGCUACUGGCCGGCGGAAGCACGCGGUCGGUGUGGGAAGGAUAGCAACGCAUUGCCUUACGACACAAAAACGCGGAUGACGUAGCACGGCACUUUAGGUUUAGUCGGUAAGCGUGUAACACUACCCAUUUCCUCCCCCAGGGAGCCAUGAGGAUUCCCUAGCCUUACAAAAAAAGAACCCCAAUUCACUCAUCGGCAAUUGUAAAUAGCGGAA